CAGCCAUCAGGAGUUCAAUGGUUCAUCAUCAAGGCCUCGCAUCAAAUUAACUCUUUACUCCAACCACAUCACGGACAAGACCCCACAUCUCAUCAGCAUCAUCGCCCCGAGCUGCGAGCAUAUAUGACAAUGGCACAUGCGUUCAUCCGUCCGUACGAGUCCAAAGACUUUGACGCCACGGCGCACAUUUGCCGUGAGACACUCCCCCCAUCGCUCCACGACACCCCGCACGCGCGGCGGCUGGCGCCCUACAUCUGGACGCAUCCGUACACGCACCUCUCGCCGUCGACGUGUCUCGUCCUGGACGACGGGACGGGCCGCGCAGUGGGAUAUUGCAUCGGGUGUCCCGACGUGGAGGCCUUUGCGCGGGCCGAGAACUACGCGCGGUACCUGGAUGAGGUGCUGCUGGGCCCGCGGGGUGGGGGUGGGGAGGUUGGACCGCGGCCGGAGGUGGAAGCGGGGGAGAAAGCGCCGUGGAUGGCGCCGAGGGCUGAUGGUGGUGGUAGUGGUGGUGGCGGCGGUGAGUCUGGUGACGGGACCGGGGUGGAGGUGAAUGAGGUUGCGUUGCGGCAGUUGGCGUACGAUGCCGAGGUGGCGGUUUUGCGGGGGACGGAAGUGCUUUGGGAGACGUAUGGCGCGACGAUGCAUAUUGACCUGCUUGGGCCGUGGCAGGGGAAGGGGUGGGGGAGGAAGUUGAUUGAGGCGUUUGUUGAGAGUGUGAAGGCUGCGGACCGUGAGAAGAGUGGUGGGACGAGGGUGUAUAAGAAGGGGAUUUGGAUCGGGGUUGCUGGGGAUAACGGAAAGGUCGUCCCCUUUUAUGAAAAGGUCGGCUUUCGAGUGAGAGAAGGGGGCGAGAAGGUGGGCACGAUGUGGAUGGUGAAGGAUAUUGAGUGA